UUUACAAAUUGUACUUGCUUCCACGAACUGUUUCGAUUACUAUAUUUUAAUUAUGAUAAUCUAGAAAAAAAAAUUAUUAAUCUUUCGUAUUAAUCUAAAAUUAGAACACCAUACUUUCAAAUGAAUGGCAUGUGAUAUACUGCUUUUAAUUUUGUUCUUUUAAAGUAAGUCGUAAAUUGAAAUGGAUUUUUUAACGGAAGAAGAGUUAUUUGAACUCCAGCAUCAAGAGGAAUUAGAGACAUUAAAUGAAUUGGAUUCAGCAGAUCCUGAUGAAUAUGAUUUUGAUCCAUUUUCCUUUGCAAUGAAGAAGCAUUCUUCUUCAAGCAAGAAUGAAAAUAAUAGCAAUAUCAAAGCAAGUCAGAUACCUGUACUGAAAGAUAAUCUACCCAAAGGACGAAAAGAAUCAUCAAACCAUUCAGGAAACAGUGAGCAUUGUUCCAUAAAUUAUUCAGUUUCAAAUGAAGACUGUGAUAAGACAGAGGAAAAAGAAAAUUGUGUUGGAGGUGUUGUCGAACCUGUUAAAAGUACAACAAAAGAUGUUCUGGAAAUUUCAAGCAGCCCUCUUAAACACGUUGAAAAUUCAGAGUAUUGCUCUUCUCUUGCUCCUCGAACACUGUUUAUUGAUGAAAGUAUGUGUACAGAAGAUAAUGCUUGUCCAGAUGAGUCAGAUAGUGAUUUAGAAUGCAGCGAGAGUUUAAUUUCACAAAGUGGGAAAAGAAAAUUUUCAAAGCUAUCUGAUAAUGAAGAUGAAAGUCUCUUACAAGCCCCAGGCAAAAAGCAAUGCCAUUCUCUUGAGAAUUCACCGAAGUUGCAACCUUCCAAAAGAAUGUCUAUAGCUGAUAAGCCAGUUAGCUUUUUUGAAAAAGAAAGACUUCCCUUAACACGCUCUGAUGGACGUCGUAUAUAUUUUUUUGUAAAUGAAGAAGAUGAUGAAAAAAACAUAGUUCCGAGUUUCAGUCAGAGAACAAGUACUUUAUUAUCGACUCCUAUUGAGGAACUAAAAUCCCAAUACUUCAUCAUGGAAGAAAAUACAUUGAAAAGUGGUGAUAUCCAAGCAUCACAAAGUGAUAACCUUCAGAUGGAUACAACAGAAGAUUUAAUAGAAGAGAGAAAGGUGGAAAGUUUGCUGUGGGUUGAAAAAUAUCGUCCACUAUCAUAUAUGCAUCUUUUAAGUGAAGAGGGUAUUAAUCGAACUUUGUUGCAUUGGCUUAAGUUAUGGGAUAAAGUGGUCUUUGGUAGAGAGAAAAAACGAAAGAAGAAAAACAUUGAACCUCAAAAAGAGAAAAAAUUUCAGAAAACUUAUGGUGAAUUGAUUGAAGAUUUGGAUGAGUAUGGAAGACCACAUCACAAGGUUGCAUUUCUGUCUGGUCCACCAGGUCUAGGAAAAACUACAUUAGCUGUUAUAAUUGCAAAACAAGCUGGGUACAAUGUAGUGGAAUUAAAUGCUAGUGAUGAUAGAAAUCCAGAAGCUUUUAGAACACAAUUAGAAGCAGCAACACAGAUGAAAUCUGUUUUGCAGCAAGAUAAAAGACCAAACUGUUUAGUUCUGGAUGAAAUAGAUGGUGCACCUGCUCAAUCUAUCAAUGUGCUGUUGUCAUUUAUAAAAUCUACUGGUAUCACAAGAGGAAAGAGAAAGAAAGGCGACAUUCCUUUAUUGAUGCGACCUCUCAUUUGUAUCUGCAAUGAUCCGUAUAGCACAGCUCUGAAGCCUUUAAGACAGUUAGCUCUUGUACUGAAUUUUCCUCCUACAACAUCAUCUCGCUUGACUGCUCGUCUAAAUGAGGUGUCUUUAAAAGAAGGCUUAAUAGCAGAGAUGGCAGCUCUGACUUUACUUUGUGAGAAAACUUCCAAUGAUAUUCGAUCUUGUUUGUCUACACUGCAAUUCAUUCAUCGAAAGCAGAAGGAACUGAAAGUUCAUGAUUUAAAAGGUUUACAUAUUGGACAAAAGGAUGUACAAAAAAGUUUGUUUGUAGUAUGGCAAGAUAUAUUCCAUGCCAAAAAUUCGAGCUCUUUUAAUGCCAUUUAUCAAACCAUACAAGCAUUUGGAGAUUAUGAGAAAGUUUACAUUGGCGUGCUUGAAAAUUAUUUAAAUAUCAAGUUUAAAAGAAAUUUAGAUGCUGUUUGGGAAGGACCAGAGUGGCUUUGUUUUGUGGACAUUAUCCAACAGCAAAUAGCUCAAAACCAGCUUUUCUUUUUAUUGCCAUAUCUUCCUUAUCCAGCUAUUACAUUUCAUCUUCUCUAUGCACAAAAUACUUUCCCACAUAUUUUAUAUCCAUCUGCAUAUUAUGAA